AUGACGACGGAUCCCAAAGCGAAUGCCAAAGCUCUGCGUAGGCAACGAUUCGAAGGCGCUUGGAAAGUCAUUCGCGAUGAGCUCGUCGAGCAUCUUGCUUCAGAGGGAAUGCCUAGCGAUGCCAUAGAGUGGUUCGGAAAGAACCUCGAUUACAAUGUCCCCGGCGGCAAGCUCAAUCGCGGAAUGUCCGUCGUCGAUAGCGUCGAGAUCCUGAAAGCUCGGGAGUUGACCGAGGAAGAGUACUUCCAGGCAGCCGUCCUAGGAUGGUGCAUCGAGCUUCUCCAAGCGUACUUCUUGGUUUCGGACGACAUGAUGGACGGAUCGAUCACUCGAAGAGAUCAACCAUGCUGGUAUCGCGUUCAAUCCGUAGGCAACAUCGCCAUCAACGAUUCCUUCAUGCUUGAGGCGGCGAUCUACUGGCUACUCAAAAAGCACUUCCGCCAAUCACCGUGCUACGUUGACCUCCUCGAAGUGUUCCAUGAGACAACCUACCAGACGGAGAUGGGCCAGUUAAUUGACUUGAUCACGGCCCCUGAAGACCACGUUGAUCUGUCCAAGUUCUCCUUGAAGAAACACCGUUUGAUCGUCGUUUAUAAGACGGCGUUUUACUCCUUCUACCUGCCAGUCGCAUGCGCGAUGUACCUUUGCGGCGUGCCCCCGUCUUACAUCCCAUCAACUGAGCCAUUCUCCUCCACGAAGCCCGUUCAUCCCUACGACGUCGCAAAAGCCAUCCUCGUACCCCUUGGGGAGUACUUCCAGGUGCAGGAUGACUUUCUCGACUACUCGGCUCCCCCCGAAGUUCUCGGCAAGAUCGGAACGGACAUCAUCGACAACAAGUGCUCCUGGGUUAUCAACACGGCGCUUUCACUCGUCACCCCAGAGCAACGCAAGGUUCUGGACGAGAACUACGGCAAGAAGGGCAAGGAAGAGGAGCAGAGAGUUAAGGACGUGUUUAAAGCGGUCGGAAUCGAGCAAAAAUAUGCCGAAUACGAGCAGAACGCGUACGAAACGUUGACCAAACUCAUCUCGGAGGUCCCUGAGGGUACGAAGGAAACGGAGCUGAAGCAAGAAGUGUUUACGAGUUUCUUGAACAAAAUUUACAAGAGAACGAAAUGA